AACAGUUUUAUCGUGAGUUAGUGUGACAGUUAACACACUUGACUUAAAUGCAGUGUAAACACGUCUACACCAAGUAAAGGCAAGGGUCAGAUUAAAACAUUAAAAAUGAUUGAAACCGAAGAAAACGCUUCAAAAGGAAGAGCAGAACAGCAUCAGACGCUUGACAGAAAAGUGUGAAACAGCGCCUCGCCGUGGCCAAAGCGCGCACCGGGCGGAGAGAUGCAGUGGGCGAGGUUUAGCUGUAACGUUACAAGACAAAAGAAAACGAUAAACGAAAACAAAGCGGGGCGCCUUGAUCUCCUGUCCAGCGUUUCCUGACCGGUUUGGAUCAUAUCCACUGGCAGAGCUUCGUUUUUAUCUCCAGCAUUACUAACGCGCUGAUUUACGAAGACAUGCAAAUAAGGACCAGCGGAAAAUCACCUCCUGAAAGAGCAGAGAUUAUUGAAGAGGAAUGAUCUAAUAGUGUAAACGAGGUAUUGUUUAUAGUUUCUUCAAAAGCAGAGGAUACACUGAAGAACAGCGCUGACACGCACUCUUCUGUUCAUUUUUCCGGAUAUUUGAUUUGAUCGGUGACACUUUGUCGCAUUUAUAAAAGGUCAUUCGUGUGCUCAAAACACCUUAAAUAUAAGAAAGGCUGUACAUUUAAUAUCAGUUGGAUAUCUUGGAAAUACAUGAACAAAACAACAGCACCGGGCCUGAUAUAGUGAGAGCGUGUUUGUAUUUUGAGGAGGGAAAUGAACGGGUUUCAGUGCAGUCCAGCGGAGUGUCCGGCUGGCAGCGUCUGCCCCGUUGAAGGUUUGCCCCCGUUACCGAAAGGACUGAGCGGUAUCCUAAACUCCAGCGGCGGGUCCUGGCGGGACAUUGAGAAGGUCUACAGCAAGAGGACCCGCAUCCAGGCGGACAUCAGCAAGUCCAGGGUCAGCGACUGCCUCGAACGCAGCAAACCGGCCAGUCUGGACGCAGCGCUGGCUGUUCUGCGCAAAGACAUGGUUGGCCUCCGGCAGUUAGACAUGUCCUUGCUGUGCCAGCUGUGGUCUUUAUACGAGUCCAUCCAGGAAUACAAAGGAGCCUUCCAGGACAUCUCGUCCUCCCUCUGCGAAAGCUCCUUCAACACCGAAAAUGGUUAUUCUGAAGAAGAAGAGGAGGAAGAUGAAGACGACCAUGAAGCAGAGAGAGGAGACACACCGCUAUCCUUUCCUCAACCCGCACAAAACUCCAGAGACCAGUGGAUCAAAGACUCCUUCCACAUCCCCAUUUAAAUCAAGCAUGAGUCCUGGAUCUGACGUCCCACGAUCCUCUGUGACAAACAUGACCCCAUUGUUUGAAGGACAGAAUGAAACAAGGCCUUUAUUUUUGUAGGAUACCAUUACAAUGGAUAUUGUAGGUUUGGAAAACCGUGUGAAGUAAAACAACCGGAUGAGGACUGACAGGAAGAGGAUGUUAUGGCCAGAAACAGUCUGGGAUGUUUAUUGCUUAUGGUAAAGAGUGUAUGCAUCAAAAAACAAAAUUAGAGACAUGCCUUACGUAUUAUUUUAGUAUCAAAUCACUAUAUCAUUGUGUUACAUUACAUAGAUGUGUCAAUUUCACACUUAUCUAUUUUCUUUAUCACGCAUAUACCAGCAUUUGAGAUACUUUAUUUUUAUUAUUCUAUAUUAUUUUUUGCCACUUGUGCUUUCAUUAGUAACUUAAACACUGAAUGUGCAUUUUAUACAACAUUAAAAUAAAAUAUGUAAAAUUUAGGCA